GAGGAUGUUUUAAAAGUAAUGUUAAAAGAUAUAAAGUGUUACAUACCUUGGCAAGAUAAAAGUGAAAAUUACAGUAAAAAAGUUGACAAUUAAGUGAUCAGUUAUAUACAUAAGUUAUCUGUAAUACAUGUGAUUAGUAUGAACAGAUACAUCAUAUCCUGACAGUAUGUGUAAUCAUCACAUAUAACCACCGAUCAUUGUUUUACCUAUCAGACAGUGCUGGAGAAAGGUGGAUUACCAUCAACAACAUGGCAUUUAAGAAUAAAUCGGGAUAUAGUAAACUUCCGGUUAUUUUAGAGAAAAAAGAGGCUGUCAUCAAAUACAGUCCUACAGAAAUCUCACCUCCCAUUAUUGCUGAAAAGAUAGAUGAAAUGGGUUUCCCUGCAAGAGUUAAAACUGUCCAUCCAGCAACUACAGAUGCCAAGGCAGAUAACUCUGAAAAUAGUGUGGAAAUAAGUGUAAAGGGGAUGACCUGCAUGUCAUGUGUGAGGAAUAUUGAAAGUAGCAUAUCACGAGUAAAUGGAGUAAAUCAGAUUUCUGUUUCAUUAGAAAACGAAAAAGCUACAGUCAUGUACGAUACAGUGAAAAUAUCUCAAAGUCAGAUUGCAGAAGCAAUUGAUGAUAUGGGAUUUGAAGCAAAUGUUGUAAAACAGCCGAAAUCUUUAAUAACAAGAAUAACGGUUGAAGGAAUGACCUGUCAGUCUUGUGUUAGAAACAUUGAGUCAAACAUUAAAACCAAACCGGGUGUUGAUGAGAUUAGAGUUUCUCUUGCUGACAAAGAAGCCUUUAUUAUUUACAACCCAGACCAUACAAACCCAGAGGUACUGAGAGAGGCUAUUGAUGAUAUGGGUUUCGAUGCCUCUUUUCCAAGACAGUCUUCAGUUGAUAAAGAAUUUGACCGUCUUGCAGAGAGAAGUUCAACACGAUCUGGAGGCCCGGAAUCUGAAUGUGAAAUUUCUAUUAAAGGCAUGACGUGUAAAUCAUGUGUAAGAAAUAUUGAAAGUAAUAUAAAGGAUAAAUCAGGGAUCAUUUCAAUCAGCGUCAGUCUUGAAAAAGAAAAUGGAAUGGUCAAGUACAACAAGCUAGUUACAACACCAGAGAGGAUAGCAGACAUGAUUGACGAUAUGGGGUUUGAAGCCAAAGUUGCAGGGGAUACUGGGUCAGAUACCAAGACAGUCACAGUUAACAUCAGAGGGAUGACAUGUCAUUCAUGUGUCAAUAAUAUAGAGGGAAAUAUCUCAAAGAAUCCUGGUGUAAAGUCUAUCAAGGUGUCGCUGGCCGAUCAAAAUGGUGUAAUAGAAUAUCUGAAGAACAGAGUCACCCCUGAGAUGUUAUGUGAUGCUAUAGAUGAUAUGGGCUUUGAAGCCUCACUACCAGUAAUACACAAUGACUUAGAAGUUCCUACAGUAACAAUAAUUAGAUCUGCUAGUCAGGCGUCUAAACUCAGCGGUACUGGUAGUCUAAAGGUGGAUGUUUUAAAAGGAUCUGUGCAGUUUAAAAAGUGUGUAAAAGAUGAUGACGAUGAUGAUGACUUGGAGAAAUGUUUUCUUCAUAUAACAGGGAUGACAUGUUCAUCAUGUGUCAGUUCUAUAGAGAAAAAUCUCAAGAAAGUCGAAGGUAUAAAACAUGUGUUGGUAGCACUAAUGGCACAGAAAGCUGAAAUUAAAUAUGAUCCAGAAUACAUAUUAUCCAAUCAAAUAGCUAACAGGGUCAAUGACCUUGGAUUCCAUGCCACCGUUAUGGAGUCUGAGUCCCUGGGAAAAGGCACUGUAGAGUUACUUAUAACUGGAAUGACAUGUUCUUCUUGUGUACACCUGAUAGAAUCUACACUGAUAAAGGAAAAAGGAGUUUUAACUGCUUCUGUUGCCUUGGCAACCAAUAAAGGAAGGUUUACCUUUGAUACAGAGAUUACAGGACCAAGAGACAUAAUAGACAAAAUUAAGGGAUUGGGGUUCAAUGCAGAUUUGUUCACUGAUGAUGAUAAAAAUGCUUCGAGAUACGACCACAGACAUGCUAUAAGGAGAUGGCGGAACUCCUUCUUAUGGUCCUUGAUAUUUGGUGUGCCAGCCAUGUCUAUAAUGAUGUACUUUAUGUUUGUGGAACCACCUGAUGAUGACCAUGCAGACCACAGCAAUAUGACAGGCAACAUGACAACACCUAAACCUAAAUAUAAUGGUCACAUGUAUCAAAUAAUGUUGACACCUGGACUUUCGUUAGAUAACUUGUUGAUGUUCUUAUUGGCAACACCUGUUCAGUUUCUUGGAGGUAAAUAUUUCUACAUACAAGCUUGGAAAGCAGUCAAACAUAAAGCUGCUAACAUGGAUGUAUUGGUUGUCUUGGCAACAUCGAUAUCUUACGCUUACUCAGUAAUUGUUGUGAUUGUUGCUAUGAUACUCAAGGAACCAAUGAGUCCUGUUACGUUUUUUGAGACGACUCCCAUGUUGAUGGUUUUCAUUUCACUUGGAAGAUGGUUAGAACACAUUGCAAAGGGUAAGACAUCAGAAGCUCUAGCCAAACUGAUGUCACUACAAGCUUCAGAGGCUGUAUUAUGUGAGGUAGACAAAGAAAAUAACAUCCUGAAGGAAUCUACUAUUAGUGUAGAUCUGGUCCAGAGAGGAGAUGUUUUAAAGGUUGUACCUGGUGAAAAGAUUCCAGUAGAUGCCAGAGUUAUAGAAGGAACAUCAACAUGUGAUGAAUCACUGAUUACUGGAGAAGCCAUGCCUGUUGUUAAAACCAUAGGCAGUGAUGUUAUAGGAGGAUCUAUAAACCAGAAUGGUAUGCUGUUAGUGCAGGCCACACAUGUUGGUUCAGAAACCACUCUCUCACAGAUUGUAAAACUUGUAGAGGAGGCCCAGACAUCCAAAGCUCCAAUACAGCAAUUGGCAGACACCAUAGCUGGAUAUUUUGUACCUAUCGUCUGCUCUCUGUCAAUUUUGACCUUGAUCUCCUGGGUGAUUGUGGGAUAUGAUAGUAUUUACCACAUUGAUUCACAGUUUGAUGAGAACGAGGGUAUUACACGACAUGAACUGAUAUUCCAGAAAGCUUUCCAGUUUGCUAUCACUGUACUGAGUAUAGCCUGCCCAUGUGCCUUGGGGCUGGCCACACCCACAGCUGUCAUGGUGGGCACUGGGGUAGGAGCUACAAAUGGAAUAUUGAUUAAGGGUGGUGAACCACUAGAGACGACACACAAGAUAAAGAGUAUCGUUUUUGACAAGACUGGAACAGUGACUCAUGGUGUACCAAAAGUAUCACGAGUUGCCAAGUUUGUUGAUGACAAAGUCUGCUCAUUAAUGAAGCUGUUAGCCAUCGCAGGAACAGCUGAGGCCAGCAGUGAACAUCCAAUAGCAUCAGCUAUUGUCAAAUAUACAAAACAGACUUUGAAUGCAGAUAACCUUGGUAAAGUCAGUGAUUUCCAAGCAGUUCCUGGAUGUGGCCUGAAAUGUAUCGUUUCUCAGAUAGAACCUUUACUUACCAACUUAGAUCUAGAGCAAAUCAACAACCGUAAAAAUGAAGUUGGGAGCCUCCGCAUCAAAACUGAAAAUGUUUUGAAUGAUGGCAGUUCUGCUAUACAUAUAGAAGAUAUAGAACUAAUGGGAGCCUCAGCACCUCAGCCAUAUCAGGUGUUGAUUGGAAACAGAGAAUGGAUGCAGCGCAAUGGACUGAUUGUCACAGAUCUAAUGGACAAGAGUAUGUCAGAACAUGAAGAUCAGGGUCACACAGCUGUUUUAUGUGCAAUAGAUGGUAUUUUGGUAGCCAUGUUAGCUGUAGCAGAUACUGUGAAGUCAGAGGCCCACCUGGCCAUCACUACACUUAGGGAAAUGGGAUUACAAGUUAUCUUACUGACUGGGGACAAUCAGAAAACAGCCAGGGCUAUUGCAAAACAGGUGGGAAUACAGAAAGUUUUUGCCGAGGUUUUACCAUCACACAAAGUGAAGAAAAUAAAACAGUUACAGAGCAGCGGUCAGAAAGUAGCCAUGGUUGGUGAUGGUGUGAACGACUCGCCAGCGCUAGCCCAGGCCGAUGUUGGUAUAGCUAUAGGUACAGGCACAGAUGUAGCAGUUGAAGCAGCUGAUAUUGUUCUUAUCAAGAAUGAUUUACUGGAUGUAGUGGCUGCCAUUAAAUUAUCCAAGAUGACAGUUAGAAGAAUCAGAAUCAAUUUUGUAGCUGCUUCUGUCUACAACCUGAUAGGGAUACCUAUUGCUGCAGGUGUGUUUUCACCACUUGGUUUGACUUUGAAACCUUGGAUGGCAUCUGCUGCCAUGGCAAUGUCCUCUGUCUCUGUUGUGACAUCAUCACUGCUCCUUAAAUUGUUUAAGAAGCCAAAGAAAGAGAAAUUGCUGACACAGGAAUAUCAUAUGCAAUUUGUCAAGGACCAGUCACUUGAAAUAUCAGUACAGAGAGGUAUAGGCUAUGAGGGAACCAGUCGAGAAGGAAGUAUGCAAGGGAGCUUACUAUCUCGACUCAGUGGAAAACGUAAACCACAAUCAGUAGAUCACACCAGUUUGUUGGAAAACAAUGAAGAUGAAGAAGACUCGGAUCAAAACACAAAGUUGUAAAAUUUCUUGAAUAAAUAACAGACCACUAUAUACAUGUGCAAAACUAGUGCUAAUAUAAGAUACUUUAUAUUCUAUAUAUAUUAUUUUCAUUUUCAUUAUUGUUACAGGCAUAACCAAAAAACAAAAAUAAUGUGUACUUCGACUGAAAUUAAAGAUUGAGUAAACAUGUAAUAUUUACUGUAUUAAGAUUAUUUUCACAUAUGUUUGUUUCUGGUGCUUAUUUGUUAUUUUUAUGUAAAUUGAAAUCAGUAGUUCACUAAAUCCAGUGUAGUUUUAUUUUAAAAAGUUGUUUUCCUUAAAUCACACUUCUAAUUCGGUUAAUUUUUAAUUAAAUACAGGAGGUUCUAUCCUUGUUUAUAACUACAGCAAUAUUUAUAACUAAAACCUGGAUAUUUACCUCCUUUUAUGUUGGAUGUUUAAUCCAGAUAUACACACUAUGAAAGGGACCACAUUUUCUUAACUUUAUAAAAAUAUAUUUGUUUAAUAUUAUAGUAUGAUCAUUUUCAUUACCAUUUGAUAUUUGACAAAAAAAAUCUUAUAUGUAUAUACAUUUUUAAUCAUUUGAUAUGUUACAUAUAAACAUGAGUACCAUUUUUUAAUAGUGAUUAUUAUGUUUAAUAUUAUUUCCUAUGAACCAAUCAGGAUGACUUAUCUUUGGUAAAGUGUGUAAGAAAUCAGAUAAAAGUUCACAUAUUGAAUAGGCAUAUAGAUGUCUUUUUGUUAUUUAUGUCAUUGAGUGUCUAUCUCGUUGACAUCACAACUAAUUCUAUUCCUGUUGACAUUGAAGUUCCAAAAGUCCAAAAGUUUUCCUUACAAGUUAGAAAAAGUAAAUGAUAGAAAAGGAAAAAUGACGAAACAAUCACUGACCCUGCAAGACCCUGAUGGGAAUUCAAGGUCAGUAAACAUCUAAUUAGUAGUAUAAAAGACAAUUAGAAUACGGAUAAUCAAGCGAUGAAAAUUAGACCGAGGCCAAAAUAGCGCUAUAAUAUCAUUUGAUUUCUAAAUUUCAUAGAAUAGAGUAGAGUAUAUCGUUGCAAUCAAAUUUCUUUUUUUUCAUAUACUGUUGAUCAUUUUAUAAAAAUGUUAAUUAUGUAUCACAAAUUACAACAUAAACAUAUCUUGUGAAUUAUGUACAUACUGUUAUGAUAUAUAUUUGUAUAGUUUUAUCAUCAUGAGUGUAUUUAUGAUUGUUUUCUCCUCAAAUGUCAAUCCCUACAAAGAUACAUGUAGAUCAUAGUGUUAUAUCCAGAAAGGUUUUCAGGUUUUUAAAGCCCUUUCAACUUAUCUCCCACAUACUUUGAAUAUUAAAUUUAACAAUUGCUUAUAUAGGCUGAGCAUUUUGAUCACAUUGCUAUUUUGAUCUGAUUAUAAUUGAAACACUAUUAACAUUUGAAAAUAUUUUUCAGAAUAAGUAAUCAUGAGUAAUAUUUUUCUCGACUUUUGCUAUCAGAAAAAUAAUGUGAAUAUGGAAAAGUUUGAUCUUUCCUAAUUUGACUUCAUCAAAUUAAGAUGAAAAAUGUUAAAUUCAAUCACUGUGAAGUUGGCCAGAAUAGGCUUAAUGUCAAAAUUUACAUUUAUAUAUCAACCUUUGUUUUAAUUACUGUAUCGGGGUAGGAUUCAGCCGUUUUUUAAAGAGGGUGUUCCCAACCCAGGAUAAAAGGGGGGGGGGGGGGGGGGGGGGGGGGGGGGGGGGGGGGGUGGGGGAUGGGUGUUCCAACUAUAUGUCCCCAUUCAAAUUCAAUGAUCGUCCAUAAAAAAGGGGGGUUCCAACCCCUGGAAACCCCCCCCCCCCCCCCCCCCCCCCCCCCCCCCCCCCUUCUGGAUCCGCCACUGAGUAUUGACAAAGUAAGGUGCCCUUGAAAUUCAACAAAUUACAGUAGAGAGAACUGAAUCAAUAAAUUAUUUACUGGGAUGAUAUGCCCAGUUGUCUAUUUAUAGAUGGUUUGAAAAUUUGAUAAUAUUGUUUCAUCUUCUUCAGUCUGAUGUUUUUAUAUAGUACAUAAUGCAGGAUAAACAAUAUAAUAAUUGUGUGUAUAAGCUACCAAAAUUACAUUUAAAAGGUUGAAAACUUUUUUCUGAUUGACUCACACUACCGAGAUAUUUGUGAUAUACACUGUGAUAAAUGUUACCGGUAUUUUAUGUAUAUUUGUCUUCAAAGAUAUUCUAAAGUAUACAGAUAUUGUAAUAAAAUCGAAACUCAGAAAA